GUGGCGGCCAACUGAUCGGAUAUGCCUUUUCGUCACUUCUCCCUCGUUUUGGCGGCAGGGGCGGCUUCAAAAUGGAGGUGACAACAAAGUACAACGAAGAUCAUUUCAACGCGGCUUCGGUCUUCUAAAAACUAGCUGGCUCGUUUCAUCUCAACGUUUUAGUGUAGUAGAGCUCCUUUUUCGAUUAGCUUGGCGGAAAAUGGAUCGACCGGCGAGGAAGAUCAACAGCGUCAAUUACUGCGAGUCCAGGGAUAUCGACAACGACGAUGAGGACUUCGCCUGCGUGAAGCCCCCGCCGGGCAAGAAACCCAAACAACAGGAGCACAGGAACACAUCCAGCCAAGAGGCAACCCAGGCGAGCCACAAAAGCAGAAAGGAUCUGGAGGCAGCAAUUACGCUUUCCUUGCUCACUAACAGUAACACAGGCGGGACAAAGCAAGCGCCUCCUGCCAGUCGAGGUGACGAGAACACAGACCCCGCUUCCCUGCACCGCUCCAACUGUAGUGUGGACCCGUCCCUUUUUGGCUUGGAUGAAAUCUCCUCCUCCGGUCAGACGAACACCAAAGAGGAGCAAAGGAGACGCCCUCGCGACGCCGACUACGAGCCCCAACUGUCAGCAGUCGGCUUUUCAGAAUCGGAGAGCGAGGAGGCGUCCGGCGAGGACGAGGAGUUCACUGGGAACAAGAGCUGCAAAAAGGAGGAGAGCGACCAGCGCAAAGCUCGCAAGCGUCCCGUCUGCAAGCAGGAAAGGCAACCGCCCAAGUUGAAAGCGCAACCCAGGACAGCGUCUGCGGCGUCGCCCACGCCGAGAAGCCCCCCGACGCUUAAGCCCGCCGUGCCCAAAGCGCAAGUCUCGUUCAGUCCGACAGGAAGCAGGAUUCCCAAAUGGAACCCGCCAGGUCAAAUCGGAAAAAGUCCGUCUUCAUCCCAAAGUCCCGCCACCAGGUCUCCGGGUCAGGGCCUUCGUCUGGGACUGUCGCGGCGCAUCAGAGUCAAGCCGCUGCACCCCAGCAGCGCCACCAACUGAGCGAAUGAGGAAUGACAAGUUGAUCUUUUUUUUAAACGCAUGUAAAUAUUUAUUCAAAAUCUCUUUAUUGACGCUGCUGACAUUGUUUCCCCUUUUAUUCUGAGUGCACAUGAACUGAAAAUAAAAGCAAGAUAAAAGUCGGUUU